CGCGAUCGUGUGGCAUGUUCGUUUGUAGGAUAGUGAUUAUUUGCAUUAGGAGAUUGUGGGAUUUUAGAGUUCGUACUACAUUCAUACGUUGUUAACAAAUUUAUUAAUUCUUAAAAAAAUAUAUAUUUUCGAUUUUUAUUUGCGAUUUAUUUUACUUAUUGCGUUUAUUUCUUAGUCAGCCGACAUAUUUAUCGAGUGAGUUGACCACAGCUGAGCAGGUGUCCAUAUCAGCUGAUACAGCUGUCAGUUAGAGCCAGGCUAGUGGAAGUAGUUGGUUGUGUUAUAUAUCUGUUACAUUCGGUUUAAUCGAAACAAUGCCGGAAUUUAGCGAAUUCUGUGACGACUACGCUCCUUCCAGCGACUUAUCUUCAGUUGUGAAGCGAGUGAAAGUUCAAAGUCCGAUCUUCUACAACAAUCUCCGAGGAGUCAGCAUUGUCCAUGGACAUAUUGACUCACUGUCACCUAAGUUGCGAGAGUUUGUGGAGAGCAAUGUAGAACUGUGCCGGCCGAGCCAUGUCCACAUCUGCGACGGGAGCGAGGCGGAGAACACCAAACUGACCAGACUGAUGGUCAGUCAGGGAACGCUGCGACCUCUACCUAAGUACAAGAACUGCUGGUUAGCUUUAACGAACCCGAAGGAUGUCGCUCGAGUGGAAAGUCGUACCUUCAUGUGCACUCGUAACCGCAGCGAGACAGUGUCAAAGACACGAGCUGGGGCAGCGAGCAAACUUGGCAAUUGGAUGAGCCUUGAGGACAUGCAACUGGCUAUCAAGGAACGCUUCCCUGGCUGCAUGGAAGGCCACACAAUGUACGUGAUCCCCUUCAGCAUGGGUCCCGUGGGCUCGCCUCUGUCCAAGCUAGGAGUAGAAAUCACCGACUCCCCAUACGUCGUGGCGUCCAUGAGGAUCAUGACCAGGAUGGGCUCUCAAGUGCUGAAGGCUCUCGCUACCAACUGUGACUUUGUCAAAGCUCUUCAUGCGCUCGGGAGACCUCUCGGGAAAACUCACGAGAACCCCAGCUGGCCUUGCGACCCUGAGCGGACCAUCAUCAUGCACAACCCUGAAGCCAACGAAAUCGUGUCGUAUGGCAGCGGUUACGGUGGCAACUCUCUCUUGGGGAAGAAGUGUUUUGCUCUUAGAAUUGGAUCUUGUAUUGCCAAGAAGGAGGGUUGGCUGGCUGAGCAUAUGCUGAUCCUCGGAAUAACUAACCCUCAAGGAGUGAAACGGUACAUAGUUGCAGCGUUUCCAAGUGCUUGUGGAAAAACAAAUCUGGCAAUGCUACAAAGCUCACUUCCUGGAUAUAAGGUGGAGUGCGUUGGAGAUGAUAUAGCCUGGAUGAAAGUACACCCUCGCACAGGAAAACUCCAUGCAAUCAACCCAGAGAAUGGCUUCUUUGGAGUAGCACCAGGUACAUCAACAGAGACCAACCCAAAUGCCAUGAAGACAGUAUUCUCCAACACCGUGUUUACCAAUGUGGCUUCGACAAGCGACGGAGGCGUGUUCUGGGAGGGGAUGGAGAAGGAAUUGCCUCCUGGAGUGUCCAUCACCGACUGGCAUGGUAAAGCAUGGAACAAGUCUAUGGGAACCACUGCAGCUCACCCUAACUCCAGAUUUUGCAGCCCCGCCAACCAGUGCCCAAUCAUGGACCCCGCCUGGGAGGCUUCGGAAGGAGUACCCAUCGAUGCAAUCCUCUUCGGCGGCCGACGUCCAGCUGGAGUCCCUCUUGUUUACGAAGCCUUUGACUGGGACCACGGAGUAUUCCUAGGAGCUUCAAUGCGAUCUGAGGCCACUGCAGCUGCUGAAUUCAAGGGCAAGAUGAUAAUGCACGACCCGUUCGCCAUGAGACCAUUCUUUGGCUACAACUUUGGCCAUUACCUACAACACUGGCUCAGUUUCAAGGACAGGCCCAACAUUCAACUUCCAAAGAUCUUCCACGUCAACUGGUUCCGCAAAAAUGAUCAGGGUAAGUUCUUGUGGCCUGGAUUUGGGGACAACAUCCGAGUGCUAGACUGGGUGCUGCGCCGGGUAGAAGGUGACUCAGAAUCUGCUGUCAAAACACCCAUCGGGUACGUCCCGGCACCCGGAGCUCUCAAUCUCGAGGGACUUCAGGAAAACAUCGAUCUGCAGCAGCUUUUCCAUCUACCUAAGGACUUCUGGACUCAAGAGGUUGAAGAGAUAGGAAGAUAUUUUGAAGAGCAAGUAGGAGAGGAUCUUCCAAAACCAGUGGCUGCUCAGCUUGAAGCUCUGAAGGCUCGUGUCACAUCUUUGUAACUCAUGUCUCCGGCCUAACACACCAACCCAUAAUACUUGUAAAUUGUUAACAUAAAACACAGCUCAUUCACAAAUGUAAGAUUCUAUGUAAGAUCUGAGUACCAAAUCACUUUAUAUUUUAAGCUUUACACUUUUUUACAUUUACUAAACAUCUUGUAAGUAAUACCACAAUCUCAUUUAUCACUUAUUUUUAGAGAAUUUUAAUCUUAGUAAGUUGUAUUUUAACAAAGUGUAUUUUAUAUAGUCUUGUAUAUGUAUUUUGUAUUUUUGUGUAGAUUUUUGAAUAAAAUAAUCCAUUAAUGUAUUUAUUGAACACUGUAUAUAAUAUGCCAUUGACUUGCUAGUGUAUGUUUGUUGUAUAUUAGGUACCUAUUUAUAAACAAUAAACUGAUUUACUUUUUAAAA